UUGGUGAUUGAUUGUAUCGCGAUCAGCUGUACKGCGAUAACAAUAUCAUUAGAGUGGGAGUCGUGGUGUGAUAUUCGCCGCUCUUUUCGUAGAACACUUAUGAGGUAAUGAGAACUGUCAUGUUUCAACCAAAUGCAUCCUGAAAACGAGGCAGAAGACAAUUAACAUCAAGUUGUUUUCGUACAUUAAGGUCUACACRUUUAAACUGAUUACAUAAACACACAGACAGGUCUCAUGUUUAUGUUUCAGUGUAUUGACGUUGUAUUUGAAAAUGAGCUUAUAAAAGAGACUAAAAAAAAGAUCARGAUAUAAUUACAAUAGGCACAUCUGACUACUACACAGUGUUUUGAGACUGAACAAGAGUUGGAUAUCAYUACGGUAGACAUGGAAGGAGCAAAUUCAACGAAUGCUAGUGGCGCUUUCUAUGGAUUCCAAUCGARCAGUGUCGAAAAGAUUUUUGCAGCAGCGGCCUACGCUGUCAUAUUCCCGAUAUCGCUGAUUGGGAACUUCUUGGCCAUCUAUAUUGUCUUCAGAAUCAGGUGCACGCGUUCAGUGACCAAUAUUCUYUUGGUGAACAUGUUUGUUGCAAAUCUUCUGGUGACUUUUGUAGUCAUGCCAUAUUCGGUUGCAUAYGUGUUCUCMRGUAAYCCAUGGAUUGGAGGAACACUUGGUUCAUUAACUUGUAAACUCAUCCAUUUUGCUUACACUUUGCCCGUUGCCGCGUCAAUUUUUUCGCUGUUGCUCUCCUCUAUCGAUAGAUUCUUUGCUGUAAUUUACCCGUUCAAGAGACUUGGUAUCAUUCGUAAUGGCAAAGUCACCACCACUUUCAUAUGGGUAUCCUCUUUUAUUUGCAUGUCACCAUAUUUAUAUAUGUAUACGGUCGGCUUGGACAUCGACAUGGAAUAUUAUUGUAUGAUAGACUGGUCUCCACUGAACACCAUAUCUGCAACAAGAAUUUACUACAUGGUUAUCUUUGUGUUGUUGUAUGUCCUUCCUCUUCUCUUCAUGGCGUUACUUUAUCUUAAGAUUGGCUUUAAACUUUGGWAUCGAAAAAUUCCAGGAAACGUCCUUGCAAAUGUAAAACGCGCUGCCGAUCGAGCAAAGAAGAAAGUAGUAAAAAUGUUGGUSAUCGUCGUGGUGGUGUUUGCUGUGUUGUGGCUUCCGGCACAUAUUACACAUAUGAUAGUGUACUUCAACUUCGAGCUKUAUASGAAGAUUCCUCGCGUCGUUCUAGUCAUGUUUUAUUGGUUAUGUCACACRAACAGCGCCAUAUCUCCAUUUCUGGUCUUAUUYCUCAGYGAAAAGUUUCGCARUAGUYUGUUUGCUAUUUUYAAGGAGCGUUCGCCRAGACAAAGACUAACGCUGGGUGUUAUGAGAAAAUCUUACAAAAUGACAUCAAUAAGCCACAAUAACACCGCCUCGAUAACAAGCUUACGAUCUACAAGGCAUCACAAAGAGUGGGACACAACGCAAUUCUAGUAUGGYCUAAUACAUGUAGUAUUG